CUUGUGGCGUGGAUUCUUGAAUGCGUGAAGAAUAAAAGCUUCUUCGAAGAUCCUCUUCUUUCCUUUUUCCUUUUCCUCAUUUCCCUUUGUCAGUGUGGACUUCUCUCUCAAAGACAAUGAAUCCCCUAUCAUGUAUUGUUUUGUCAGUUCUUCUUCUUUCUUUUAUUAUCACCAGAUAUCGAAAGAACCUCUUAUCGGCAUGGCGGCCACAAGACGCCCAACAGUCAGGCUUCAAUGAGUUCAAGAGGAUGGCUCCUUACCCGGCCCAGCCCAUCAAGGGAAGGGAAAGAUACCGGGUCAUGAUGGACAUUCGAAAGUUGGACGUGGAGAACUGGCUCACCAUUGAUAAGAACUAUAUGGACGAGCAUGAAGUCCGAAGCCACUUGUUGCAAACUGAGAAGAGCAAAGUUCUUCAAUGUCUCCCGGAGUCGUACGACGCAUGCUUGGAGGCACUGGAAGAGGUGGUUGAGUUUCUCUGCCAGCGGUUCUCGAACGUGUUCGAACAGAAGAAGUGCGGUGAUGAGACGAUAGUCCACAACAAGAUGACCGGAGAGACAUUCGCCUUUGGAGGGGAAAACAAGGAUGUUGACCCACUUGAAAUUGCCGUCCGAUUGACAAUGGAAGACCUGAGCAUCUUGAUGAAGAACGAGGAUAAUGAAUAUUAUUUGGCCGCCAGUGCAAGCCUUUUCCCCGUCGGCUGGACAGUCCAGGACCGCAUUGGCUGGACCAUCUCCAAGCUUCACAAUCCGGUACCUCUGUGGCAUCAGCAAGUUGCCAACUCGGUCAGCAAAUUCUUGGCUCGACUCACACCUGCGUCGCCUAUGGAGAGAUCCAAUUACUUUGUUGAAGUGAAGCGGCCUGACGAGGACCUGUUCGACAUCCUCUACCGGCCAACCUCACUGUCUGAAGACAAUCCGGAUCCCACGCCGCAGGAAAUUGUCAUUCGUCGCGAACGGCAAACUUUCCGGCGGCUGCCUCGGACGGGGACCAUCGUGUUUGGGGUCAAGACCAUUCUGACCACGUUGGAUGAGCUUCCGAUGCAGGAGCUGCAAAACCUAGCCAAAGAAAUCAAAAGCUGGCCGGAGUAUGUGGGUGAGUACAAGGGGAGAGAAGUCUGGGGACCCAAGGCUUUGGAAUAUUGCGAGAAGAAGACGCGGUUGUAUCAACAAGAUCCCGAGAAGAUGGAGGUGUAAGACGGGAAGGCGGCGGAAGGGCGCCAUUGCAUGGGAGGCUUUUUGUGGCAUUUGUUCGGUUUGGCAUCAUUUCUUGCAUUGGGCCAUCAAAACGGAUGGGCGGCUGUCUGAUUGAAAAGUCAUCGGUCUUAGCAUUGUCUCUGUAUUGUUUAUCUUUUUCUUCUUGUCCUUCUUCUUUGAAUAUGUUCAACACUUCUUACGUUACCCAAUGUCCUUGUUCAUGAGACCUUAUACCAGCAAGACCCUCUCAGACCAGCCGAAAAUGCACUCUUUUUCACUCGUGAGAGAUAUCCAUAACUUUUGAAUCUCAGAUAUACAGUCUGCAGGACCGUGAUCGAAAAUAUCAAUGCUCUCCAUGGCCGGCAUCAUCUAAUGUCAUAGAGAAAACAAAAUAACCCGACCAGAACAAGGGGGAAAC